AUGGCGGUGUGUUGGGGGCGGCGCGGCUGCUCUGCGCAGCUGGGCUUGCGGCCCUCUGCGGCGGCGCCGUGCCUUCUUGUCCUUGUCGUCGUCGUCCUCCCUCUUCUGCUGCUGCUGCCCCUUCCAUGUGGCGCUGCUCGGUCUGCGGCGGUUCAAAAAGAAGUCAAGGUUGUGUUUUUUCGCUUCAAUAUCCCGGGGCUUGAUGAUUUUUCCAGGAACAUCGUUGCGGGGCUAAAUGCUUCGUUGCACUCGCGGAACUUCGUUGUGGAGGACGAUGUGCGUGUGGAUGUUGUCAUGCAAAACACAACAUUCGCCACUUAUCCAGGGGACCUUUCUUCGGUGUUGAGGAACAAGGAUAUUUACGCCGUCGUUGGUCACAGUGGCGACAAGCUUUUGGAGAGCAUAAAAAGUGUCCUUGCGCAAGAAAACGCCGUCGCUUUUGCCCCGUUCACUGGGUCGAGCGUGGUGCGUGGGUGGAACCCCAACAUGUACUUUUUGCGCGCUGACCCUGCGGCGGAGCUGCUGGCACUUCUC